AUGAGCUUUGAAGACUAUAUCAAUGCGCAAACCAUUGGAGUUGAUAAUCUUCAAGAAGAGCGUCCAGAACAGAGGAGUAAACAAGACUAUGCCAAUAAUUUCAGUAGUCAGGUUGAAAGUAAUAUGGCUUUGAAGCAACAGGAACAGCCACUUGAGACCGUGCAUGUCGGUAAUGCCGCUGGGGAUGGCCAGCUGUUUAAUGCGUUUAAUACAAAUGCUUCUGAUACUUUGACUAUCCCACAAGUAAUUCUUUCACCGUAUGAACAGUCGGAAGAUUUCAGAACCCCUACGCAGGUAAGUGAAUUGCUUCAGGCACCUACCAUCAACAUUCAGACACCUGCGGAUAAUGCAGGUGGUGUCCCCUUUACCCAAACCAAACCCAGUGUUGAUUUAAGUUCACCUACAACCGCUUCUCAAUGCCAUGAUUCUUUUGACGUUAGUCAACUACGGAUCCCUAAUACGCCCAACCGAGAUAGUUAUCUUUACACUGGUUUGAGCAGCGACAGGAGUGUUAGUGGUCAUAAUUUACACUCUCCAGAAAGUGCUUCGCCUUACGUCCACUAUCAUGACGUUGCGGUGUCGCCACAGGUUUCCUAUUUAACUACUGGCAACGAUGACUUGGAUGAGAUAUUAAGUCUUCAUUCAGGAACAACUGAGAACUCUGAUUACUUUCGUAUUCAUGACAUUAACGAUUUGAAUGCCAUUUUAGAUGACAACGCAGAUGUUUUCCGAUCCUCAGGAUCCACUGAAAUGACUUCACAAAGUCCUAUUAACAACAUAUUAACGCCACCUAAUACCACAUCUCACUACGCCCCUCAGAUAAGUGUUCAUCAGGUUGUUGACCAAGUACCGACCUCGUUCAGCGUUACUCCCUCUCCGAGGACCUCCUUCAAUGAAGGCAAUAAUAGGCCCAAUGUGGACUUUUUAUCUGUCCAUAACGCAGAGGAUUAUGCUGUUACAGAUGAUGCUGACUUGGAUGAUCUUCAUGAACAGAUGCGUCAAGGGCGGAAACAAAAACGUCGUCCGUCAAACAAAUCAUCCAGGUCACGGUCAAUUGGCCGUAGUUUGUCUCCGGAUGAGAAAGCACGUUCUCUGAGCAAGAAUAGGGAGAAGCUUCUGGAACUGGCAGCUUUACAUGUACCUGAUUCGAACACUAACAAGCCCAUAUCUCCAUAUUCGAUACCCACUGGUUCAACUUCUACAGUAAACGCUACUCCGGUCAAAACAGCUACCCCCCUCGAUGAGGGCGAGACAGCACUAAAUUUAUCUGGUAAUACGAGAAGAAAAUCCUUGCAGAAGAACCCUGCAAUUUACUCCUGCGACCUAUGUAAUAAAAAAUUCACCAGGCCUUAUAAUUUAAAAUCCCAUCUACGUACCCAUACAGAUGAGAGGCCGUUUGCUUGCAAUAUGUGUGGUAAGGCAUUUGCAAGACAGCAUGAUCGAAAAAGACAUGAAGAUUUACAUUCAGGUAAGAAACGAUAUGUAUGUGGUGGGAAGUUAAAAGAUGGGACUUCCUGGGGAUGUGGUAAGAAAUUUGCACGAAGCGAUGCUUUGGGAAGGCAUUUCAAGACAGAUAGUGGCCGUAGGUGUAUUGCACCUUUAUAUGAAGAGGCCUCAAGAGAAAGGGCAGCUCAGAAUUUAGCUCCUCCAUCCGAAAGCGAACAAUUUUGGUUAGCCCAAUAA